UGUGCCGGCAUCCUCAUGCUGGGAUGCUGCUCGGAGCCGGAGAUCGGGGAUACCCCUCCCGGUCCCUCUGCAGGCGGCGGUAGGGGAGCCCCGCUCACCGAAGGGCUUUCCCUUCCUUCCCCACAAGAAGCUCAGGGGCCCGGGGGUCCACACCCCAGAUCUGUGCAUCUGCUGCCCAAAACCUGGGGGCAGAGGGUGGCACAGGGCAGCGCAUCGUCUGCAGCAGCACUGGGCUGCCAGCUCUGAGCAGACACCGGAAAGGUUGAUCAUCUUCCCUCAAGGAAGGCAGGGAAUCCCCCCGCCAUCUGCCUCCCAACCCUGGGCACUUCGGUGGCCUCUCAGCGUGCAGCAGGAGCUCACUCUUUGUGUCUCCCAGCAGUGGGAAGCCCCUUCCGUGCUCCCCCCGUGUCCCCCAGGCAAACCGCCCAAGGACAGGCAUGCUGCUGAGCAUUCUCCACUCGGCGAGCACAGGGAUGCUCAGCGAUAGGAAUGGGGCUCUUCUGCAUGACGAGUAAAGCGGUGCCUCCCCAGUGCUGCCCAAGCUGCCCCCGGUGCUGAGGACAGGAGCUCAGCCCCACGUUUCUCCCAGCCCUGCCCCAUGGGCACCCUACUCUAAGCACACCCAGGACAAAUGGGUGCAUAGGGCUGGGCUGCAGUAGGGGCUGAAGGGUUUCCUCUGCUCCGCGUUCCCAAUGGCUCCUCUGAGACACGCCGCCGGGAAGCCGUGCUGAGAGGUGGAGGGACUCCCGCUUUGCUGAUCAUGGUCAACAAGACCUUAACCUACUGGGGUGCCGCCUUCGAGGAGGACUUGAUCAACAUCAACGUGGGAGGGCUGCGGCGGCGGCUGAGCCCCAGUGCUCUCUCCAAGUUCCCUGACACGCGCCUGGGCCGCCUGCUGUCCUGCGACUCAGAGGAGUCCAUCCUGCAGCUCUGCGACGACUACGAUGUGAGCGCACGGGAGUUCUACUUUGACCGCAACCCCGGCUUCUUCCUCUACGUGCUGCACUUCUACCAGACGGGCAAGCUGCAUGUGAUGGACGAGCUGUGUGUCUUCUCCUUCAGCCAAGAGAUUGAGUACUGGGGCAUCAAUGAGUUCUUCCUGGACUCGUGCUGCAGCUACCGCUACCAUGAGCGCAAGCUGGAGGGCCGGCACCACACCUGGGAUGAAGAGAGCGAGGUGAGCAGCGUGGACACAUCACCCGAUGAGAUCUCAGACAUCAACCACGAGCUGCUGCGCUACAGCACGCUGCGCUGCGGCACGGCGCGCAAGCGGCUCUGGCUCACUAUGGAGAACCCCGGCUACUCCAUCCCCAGCAAGCUGUUCAGCUUCGUGUCCAUCAGCGUGGUGCUGGUGUCCAUUGCCACCAUGUGCAUCCACAGCAUGCCUGAGUACCAGCGGGUGGAUGAGAGCGGUGCCGUGCUCGACGAGCCCGUCCUGCACAAACUGGAGUAUUUCUGCAUCUCCUGGUUCACUUUUGAGGUGUCCUCCCGCCUCCUGCUCUCCCCCAACCCCAAGAAGUUCUUCAAGCACCCGCUCAACCUCAUCGACAUCGUCUCGGUGCUGCCCUUCUACUUCACGCUGCUGGUGGACGUGACGGCGGGCAGCGACUCGGAGCUGGGCAACCUGGGCAAGGUGGUGCAGGUCUUCAGGCUGAUGCGCAUCUUCCGCGUGCUGAAGCUGGCGCGGCACUCCACCGGGCUGCGGUCUCUGGGGGCCACCCUAAAGCACAGCUACCGGGAGGUGGGCAUUCUGCUGCUCUACCUGGCUGUGGGGGUGUCUGUCUUCUCUGGCGUAGCCUACACUGCAGAGAAGGAGGAGGAUGUUGGCUUUGACACCAUCCCGGCAUGCUGGUGGUGGGGCACUGUCAGCAUGACCACAGUGGGGUAUGGUGAUGUGGUGCCCGUCACUGUGGCAGGGAAGCUGGCUGCCUCGGGCUGCAUCCUGGGCGGCAUCCUGGUUGUGGCACUGCCCAUCACCAUCAUCUUCAACAAGUUCUCCCACUUCUACCGCAAGCAAAAGGCACUGGAGGCUGCCGUGAGGAACAGUGAGAAGAAGAAGCCCGAGGAGAUGGAGAGCGAGCAGGACUCAGAGGCAAUGAGUGAGAGCUCCCUGGGGAGGGGCAGCCCUGACCGACGCAGUCUCACCCCUGGUGCCCUCCCUGCUCCCUGAGUCCCAUGCAAGGGACGGGGGGUCCAGGUCGGUGCAGAAUGAGCCCAGUAGGAGUGGCAGUGCCUGGCGUGGGAUCCACCCUGCAGCAGGACUGGUUGGCCAUGGCCCUCCUUGCAUUGCAUUGCAGGUGUCCCCAUCCCUGUCUGCGGGGCUCCUGCAUUCCUUCCAGAGGAGUGGCUGCUGCAGACACUGGCACCCAGCCCAUGCAGCACAGAGCCUGCCCAGGGCUGCCAGGGCACAGGGGACACUGCUGGGCACAGAGCAGCUGCCUCUGCUGUGUCUGUGUGCCCCCGACUCCUGGAGCAGGAGGAGCUGGGGCUGCAGCCUCUGUGCAGGGAGUGGGGACAGACGGACCUUGCACUGCUCCUCACCAGAUCCUGCCUGACCCCUCACAACCAGGCAGGGGGGCACCCCCACCCCACCUGGCCCCUGACCUGGCUGCACACAUCCCAGCAUCAAUUCCCUCAGCAACGUGCACCCCGCAGCCAGCUGACCAGCCAGAGCCACGCAGAUGGCUUUCAGGGCACGGCAGUGAAUGGGGAUGGCUCUGCCACAGGGACUGCUGACCUCGGGGAAGAGACGAUGGAGCUGGUGCAGACACAUCCUCUCUGCACGGGUGGGAGCAGGGUGUGGAUGCUCACGUCCAUGUCUUCCAGCACUAUCUGCUCCGGUCCAGCUCCCACUCCACUCUUACUUGAACAAAGGAAGGAGUUUCCCCUUCUCUCCAUAAAUAUUCCAGUAGCAAAAUGUACUAAAAUAGGAAGACUGAAUGACAUGUAUUAACUAAAAAAGCAUUAUGCAAAUCAUUAAAAGAGCAUGUAAAUUAAUUUUUCUAUCUAUGCAUGGGAUGCAUAUGGCAUAUUUUAUUAAAGAUGGAAGUGACCCA